AUCCUGUAACGUCUGAACGUUUGAGGGUUUCUGCAGACAUGGAGCUUCUAGCACUUCUGAUUCUGAGCUUCUGUUUCCUGAAUUUGUCCGGACUGACGUUUGCUGCUGAAUCCGGGACACCUGUGACCAGAGUGACGGUGAAAGAAGAUGAUGGUGUCAUUUUACCCUGCUCCCUCAGCACCAAUGAGAACAUUGAGUCAAUGCUGUUUGACUGGAAGAAGGAAGGAACAGUUCCACAAAAGAAUGUGUUCCUGUAUGAUGAUGGCAAAUAUUACAAUAAUGGCCUCUUAGGUCAAGAUGAGGAGUUCAAAGAUCGAGUCUCACAUUUUCCAGAAGAGUUAAAGCAUGGCAACGCGUCUAUAAGAAUAAAAAAAACUAGGUUGGAAGACAACGGGACUUAUUUAUGUAAAUUUCCAAAACUGAAGCCAGAAAUCAGAACAUUCCACAUUGAGCUUGUUGUUGGUGCAGCACAACCUUCUGUCACAAUUCUUAAUCAAACAGAUGAUUGGGCACUGCUUCAGUGUGACGUUCAAAGUGGUUCCCCCAGACCUACGGUCGAGUGGUGGGACAGUAACAAUCAGAUCAUUCCUUCUGAGGAGCUACAGGUCUCUAAAAUAGGAGAUCGCUUCUACAUCACUGUCAACACUACUGUGAAAAAGGACGAUAACUAUUGCUGCGUUGCCACACAAAAGGACAUCUGGCAUCAGUCACAGAAGAAAAUCUAUAUACAUUUGAAUAAAAAGAGGGACUUGGCACCCCAAGGGUUUCCUGUAUGGGCUGCCAUACUCAUCGGUGUUAUUUUUGGUUUUUUUGUUGGUAUUGCUGUUGGUGUUGUUGUUGUGCUUAAGGUUAAAGGAUACUGUUUGAAGAAAGGUUCACAAAGAAGAGAAAAUGGCCGCUCCACACCGCUGCAGACUGUUCCCACCUCUGAACAACCUUAAAAAAACCUUUUAGUGUGACUUUAGAGAUGGUCAGGUGAAGCCUUGAGAAGCUUUUGAAGCUUCUUCCUGAUUAUCCCGACAAAAGAUAACAAUCUUCCCGAGUCUUCCCGAGUCUCUGUGGGUAAACAUCUAAGUAAUGUCUCCAUGUGUUGGCGUGUACCCUGCCUCUCACCCUGUGACAGCUGGAAGGCUCCACAGGUCACACAGCUGGAUCCUCUCCUCUCCUGUGGAAACCAGAACUCAUCUGAAACAAUCCUGCCCUCUUCAGCACAUCUUAAGCACUUUUAAUGAUAUUUGUUGUCGCUGCUAUCCAGAUGAAACUGUAUAUCUUUUUUAUUAUGUCUCAUGUCUCCAACAUGUUUCUAAUUUACAUAAGUCCCUGUUUGUGCCCCUGACAAUUUAUGUCUAAAGUAAUGGAAACUUUUGGUCCCAUUGCUACAUUUGCUACAUAUACUAAAUUUGCUCAAUCAGGGCUCUCAAAGUAACUUUUUAUAUU